UCUUCAUUGUCUCACUGACCCCCAGCCUCUCAUCCAUUCUUUAUUUCGUUUGAAGUCCCAGUAGCAAGUCUCCUUCCCGGAUCAGACCCACGAAUAUUAAUCCGUUGUUUCCUCGAAGAAAGUUGACACUGGCAUUUGAUCUACGUCUCACCUAUGCACCCUGACCAUGGAAUCACAUCGAACCCCACUGACCAGGUGUGGGUGGACUUGGUUGAUAAAACAGAUAGCAGUGGCUGUUUCAUUCCACCUCUCUGCAGAGAUAACAAGGACAUUCCACUCUUGGCAGACGGAGCGGAGGUGCCCGAUGAAGCAGUCCCCCAACUUACGACGGGUCUCACCAAUGUAGAGGAGGCCGCAUUGGGAGCACCUGACACGAUAGGGAGCCGUGCACAAUUCUGAUUUGAUGGAGACGGACGUGAGAGUACAGAGGAACAUCUGGAAAACUUCUGAAAUGCCCGCUUUGCUGCCGCUGCUACUGUGUGGUAACCAGAAUCUCUGGAGCAGAAGGCCCCGAAAUCCUCGGCUUUGCGUGUUUCAGCAGCCGGGGCGAGGUUGAAGGUGCUCGGCAGAAGAUGGCGCUCGGGAGGCUGUAUCGGAGAGGCUGCUUGGAGGCUCGAAGUUUUCGGACGGAUGGACUCAGGGUCGGCUGGGGUCGGCUGCUUCCAAGAUGGCAGUGUAAAUACUCGAGGGAUCAUCAUUGGCAUCUGCUUGCUGCUGUUGGUUAUUGUUUCACUGGCUGUCUUCUUCAUCCUGUACUACAGACGUGGACGCUGUUUUAAACGAUCCAAGCUGAAGUUCAGUCAGAAUAUUCUGAGAGAACUGAACUCAAUCCAGCUGGAGUUUGACCCGCCAUUCACUGUCAGUGGGAUGAUGAGCACAAUGGGAAACCACGGCUCAGAUCAACAGUUCCAGUAUCACACUAUGAGGACUAGAGAAGUGGACUUCUCUCCAGCAAAUGAAUAGCGUCCUCAUCUCAGGGUGGGUGGAAUCCAGAAAGAAAGACUGCAUCAUUAAGAACCUCUAGGGAAAUGAGGGACCUCCUUCCAAUAGCUCCCUUCUGGUGGUUAGGAGCAGGAGUAGGAAAAAUAUGCCCAGGAGAAAGUGUAUCUUACCCCUUUGUAUUUUGUUUGGAUCUUUCAACAUGUGGAGAGGAUGUGAUCUGCUUUCAAUCCACAUCAACCAAAUAUGGAGAAAUUCAUGUGUGAAACGGGAGUUGGGGGGGUUUGCUUACUCGGCCAUCUUAAAAAUGAAAGUCCAUUUUACGUAAUAAUAAGAUCUUGAUAUUCAUUCUGCAGUUUUUACAACCUCAAGGCAUUCCAAUGUUCCUCAGUUUUCAGAUUUGAUUUUGCUGAACCUUACUUGUUUAAUUCUCCGGAUAACAUUACCAAUGGAGCAACUUUGAAUUUGCCUUCAGCCACUGCCUGUGCAGAUGACCGCCAAUGUUACUUCAGUUAUGACUGGCCGUUGACUGGGGCCCUAUAUUACUUGAUGCCAGGGAUUUUCCUCUAGGCUGAUGCAGAGAGAGCACUGCACCAACUGUGUUGUCUUUGCGAUAUUAAAUUUAAGCCCCAUUUCAUCUCUUGGGUGGAAAUAACCUAUCCCAAAGCAAUUUUUAAAAGGGAAAGAAGAUGAAUUACUCCUGGUAUCCUGGCCAAUGCUUAUUAAUCAAUCAAUAUUAGAAAAGUAAAUCACCCAGUAAAUUACUAGUAGGAGCUUGCUAGUCACAAAAUGACUGCUGUGUUUCCCUCAACAGUGUUCACUCUGCACUGGUUGUGAGAUCAUUAAAGAAGUUAUCAAUUUGAUAUUGGGGUUUUGCACCCUCUUGCCAUCUAGCCCCGUCUCGGUGCUUUGUGAGAAAGAUUUGCCAGGUUCUUUACAUAGAAGUACAAUUUUUCCAUUUUGAAGCUUGAGAUUGCAGAUGUUUUCAAUUUGUUUUAUUUUAAGAAUCAACUGAAUUGAAAGAAAAAAAACUGUAAAGCCUUGCAUUCACAUAGUAGCUCUGAUAGCCAUAUUUUUCCAGAAAGUAUUUUGCAACUAAUUAUGUUUUCUACAAUGUAGCCAAGUUGUAGAAAUGUGUGUGUGAACUUGCCAUGUUCCAUUUUGUGCUUAAUGAGUUCCUGAUUAAAUACUCAGGUAAUUAUUUUGCUGAUACUGGUUAAAGAUAAAUAUCAGCCAGGACAAUAGGGAGGGAACUUCUCUGAUCCUGGAGAUCUGCUGCAUCCACCUUAAAGAGAAGACAGCCCAUCAGCGUACCAUCUAUUCCAUGAUUCUGGAUGCUCUCAGAGAAUUUCAGGUUAUAUUAUGUGCUUAAACCUCAGCCAUAGGAACCUAAGUUUCUGACCCUGUAAAAGCAAAGCUCUGAAUGUAUUGUUGUGUCCUCAAUUGAAUGAAGAUGGUAAUACAGUGCAUUCCAGUUAAUUGAGCAUAAAGAACAAAAACUAGUCCAGAAAAUAGCCAAGAUUUUAUUUGCUUAUUUGAGACACUAUGCCAAUUAAUUGGGACAGAAUGUAGUCAAACAGUUUAACUAGCGUCUGUCUCGUGCAUUUGUGUGGCUGUUAGACACUACACCAUGCUUAGACCAAACAGUUUUUAAAUAGCAUCAGUUGCAUGCGCUUGAGGUCAGAGAGCAAUGAUUUUUGUCAUGGAUAGUUAGCAAUAAAUAAGCAGUAAUACAAUUCAAAACUGUUUUGCUCACUGUGGUUUCAAGCAUUCAGCCUUGGAGAUGUGAGAAAUGGCCAGAAGUGAAAAUGAAACGAUUUUACUA